AUGGUGUGGAAUCCGACGUCUACUCUUUCUUAUGUUGAUGAUCAAGGAUCACUCCUCAACAUUGCAAAUUUCCUACAUAACAUGCAGCUCGUGGGAUGCUCGUUAGAAUUAUUUCUGCGGUUUCGUUCGCGAAGAUCAAACGGAUCAGUUUCGAUUGCUUUGGACCACUUUGAGACUGCUUCAAAAACCCGAAAUAGUUUUUGUUUUCCUUUGUCUGGUUGA